AUGUACUGGCGCCCCGCAGCGCUGGUGGGGACUCGGCUCGUCCGGGUCAGGAGCAGCUCAGCGGGCCGGCUUGAGGGGCCAGGGGGAAUUUCGGGCUCCGGGAUGGGGAACAGCACAUCAUCAUCUUUGGGAAACGCAGCAACUGCUCCCGUGAAUCAGAUCCAAGAGACCAUUUCUAAUAAUUGUGUGGUGAUUUUCUCCAAAACAUCCUGUUCUUACUGUACGAUGGCAAAAAAACUUUUCCAUGACAUGAAUGUUAACUAUAAAGUGGUGGAAUUGGACAUGCUUGAAUACGGAAGUCAGUUUCAAGACGCGCUUCACAAAAUGACUGGUGAAAGAACUGUACCACGAAUAUUUGUCAAUGGAACUUUUAUUGGAGGUGCAACUGACACUCAUAGGCUUCACAGAGAAGGGAAGUUGCUUCCACUAGUUCACCAGUGUCAUUUAAAAAAAAGUAAGAGGGAAGAACUUUAG